AGCAAUGCAAUCCCAAAAAAAAAAAACUUUCACAAAAAACAAAAUUUUACAAAACGAAAGCUGGAGAGUUCCUCAAGCCUCGAUCGACGCUCGUCGCUCGCUCCUUAUCGCUGCGUUGGCCAAGUCAACUGAUAACUGCUAGUCCAAUGACGAUGAUGGCGCUGAUAAGUCAGUGCCGGCACUAACCACUGCCAGAACGAAGAAAACUUUACAUUUAAGCAGCAAAAAAGACAAAACUCUCCAUGGAGCUGCUGCAUCGCGCUGUGCUCACCGCUUUGGGUGCGGUGUCCCUCGUCUAUGCGCUGGUCAAGAUCAGCUUGGGCUACUGGAAGCGACGCGGCAUACUGCACGAGAAGCCAAAGUUCUUUUGGGGCAACAUCAAGGGCGUUGUGACGGGCAAGCGGCAUCUGCAGGAUGCGCUGCAGGCCAUCUACGCGGAGUACAAGGGUCGAGCGCCCUUCGUGGGCUUCUUUGCGUGCAUCAAGCCAUUCGUUUUGGUGCUGGAUCUGGAGCUAGUGCGUCACAUUCUGGUCACACACGCGGGCAACUUCACGACGCGCGGCCUCUACAGCACUGCGAGUGUGGAGCCGCUCUCGGGCAAUCUGCUGCAGCUGGAUGGACACAAGUGGCGCGCGUUGCACGCUCAAUCCGCGGGCGUGUUCAGCGCGGCGAACAUCAACAAGCUGCUGCCCCGACUGCUGCAAAUCUCCAGAGGUUUCCAGAGCUCUCUGGGCAAGCAGCGUCUGCAAACGCUCAACAUCAACGAGCUGGUGGACAGCUACAACCUGGAAGUGGUGGCCUCAAUGGCCUUUGGCCUGACUGUCGAUCACACAGAGUUCCGCCGUUGGACCCAGACCUACUGGAGCAACUUUAGUCUGUGGCGUGCGUAUUUGGCGCUGGAAUUCCCGCUGCUCGCGCGGGUACUCAGGCACCAGAGCUAUGACAAGGCGGCCACGGACUACUUUCAAAAGGUGGCACUCAGGCAGCUGCAGGAGCAGCGCAAGAGGGAUCGCCAGCCGCUGCAGACCUUCCUCCAGCUCUACUCACGCAUGGAACAGCCGCUGGAUGAUGUGCAGAUUGCGGCGCAGGCUUUCGGCUUCGUGCUAGCCGGUCUGGUGCCCCUCAAUGCCACGCUCAGCUUUUGUCUGUACGAAUUGGCGCAGCACCCGGAGCUGCAGGAGCGCGUCAGAGCGGAGAUACGCGGGACUCUGCAGCAACACGACGGGCAGCUGACACAGGAAGGGCUGAAGGAGCUGCUGUACACGAAGCAAGUGCUGAAUGAGACGCUUCGCCUGCACACACCUUAUCCCUUGCUGCUGCGUCGUGCCACCAAGGAGUUUGAGCUGCCCGGCUCGGUGUUUGUCAUAGCGCGAGGCAACAAUGUGAUCAUACCCACGGCAGCCAUACACCGGGAUCCUGCCAUCUACGACGAGCCCCUGCGCUUUGAUCCGGAUCGCUUUGAGGCGGAGGCCAGGCGUAAGCGUCCCGCCAUGUCCUUUCUGCCCUUUGGCGAUGGAUUGCGCGGCUGCAUAGCCGCACAGUUUGUGGAGCAGGAGCUGCUGGUGGGACUUGUGGCGCUGCUGCAGCAUCACAGAUAUGCGCCCUGCGCUAAGACGGAGAUUCCCCUGAAAUAUGACAAUGGCAGGCUGCUAUUAAUGCCAAAAACUGAAAUUUAUCUGAGUGUGGAGCGGAUGGACAACUGAGGGCAAAGGCUAGCCCUAGGCAGUAACUACUACUAUUUCCUCUGUAUUGUUUUGUACAAAUAUUUUUGAUUGUUUUCUAUCUACACAUCUGUAGGUAUAUUUUGUAUGCGCACCUUAGUUUGUUAAUAACUUUAAGCUGUGGGUCUUGUGUGAUAAUGCAGACGAUGAUUUUAUUUCUAUUUACUGCACCAAGAUCAAAUACCUGAACAAAUAAAUGAGAUCACUAUGAUUAAA